AUGCCGCAGCACCGGCAGCAUGCACUCGUUCAGCCCCCCAGAGGCCCUUGCAGCGUCCGCAGCGAGAGCGUGUUGAUAGGACGAGUAGGGCAGCACGGCGGGGAUCCCGGCCCCGCUCCGCUGCAGCAUGUCAUCACAAUACAAGACGGGCCGCUGGGAAUCGCUCUCGAUUUCGCAGAGGCUCCCCGUAUCCCCCUCUUCCCGCCGCCGCCGCCCACGGGCUCGGAGAUCUUAGCUUCCUUGGAGGACCCCGUUGCCACGGACUUGCCGUCGUUCACAGCCCUCCUCUCAGGUCCACAUCCAUCCCGCCUCCUGGCCUUUCGGAGGGGUCUUGGAAGUUGGUGCACGCAGUACGACAGAAUGGUGUUGACCCUUUUCAGGGCCCCUUAG